AUGGCCGCUACCAGGGUAGCUCUUGUCGGAGCUUCUGGCAAUCUUGGACCGGCGAUUCUAUCCGAGCUACUGACGGGCGGUUUUGAUGUCACGGUCCUCACCCGGCAGGACAGUGGCAAGGAGUUUGAUUCAAGAGUUCAUGUUGCGAAGGUUGACUAUUCGUCUCUCGAGGCCCUUCAGGCGGCGUUAGCUGGCAAUGAGGUGGUGGUAAACACUCUAGGAGUUGGCUCUGUUCCCCGGGAUGUUCAUCUCCGCCUGGUGGAUGCCGCAGUAGCCGCGGGAGUCAAGCGUUACAUUCCCUCCGAGUUUGGAUCUCACACUACCCACCCGGCAACGGCAAGGCUUCCCGUCUUCGCCGACAAGGUUGCGGUGCAGAAACACCUCCGGCAGAAGGCGUCCCAUUCCGCGGAUUUCACGUACACGCUGCUGUUCAACGGCCCCUUCCUCGAUUGGGGACUGAAAGUGGGCUUCCUGUUGAAUCUCGCUGGUCCUGUGGCUACCCUCUACGAUAAUGGUGAGAGGAGAUUUAGUACGACCACCACCAGCGCGGUGGGCCAGGCCGUGGUGGGGAUCAUCAAGAACCUUCCCGCGACGGCCAACAAGGAGGUGUUCGUCCAUCAAGCCGUGGUCUCCCAGAGGGAGUUGCUGGCUCUCUCCGGCAAGCAUCUGGAGACCAAGGCUGUCUCGACAUCCGACCUGGAACAAGAGGCGUCGGCGGAGCUGGCUAAGCCCAACCCCAACUUCCAUGCGGCUGCCGUUGGCUUCUUGCGCCGAGCAAUCUUUGGCGAAGGGUUUGGAAGCCACUUCAAUUCAAGUGAUCUUUCCAAUGAGACGUUUGGGGUGCGACCGCUGUCGGAGAAUGAGCUUCGCGAACUGGUCGCUCAGUGUGCGCGUUAA